AUGAUCGCCAACGUUCUCCCUGUCGUUGCCCUUGCCGGCGCAGCCAUGGCUGCUUCUUGCCCCAUUGCCGUUGAGAUCGCGGACACGACAAACCAUGUGGCUCACGUUGCCUUGACGAACACUGGUAGUGAGGCCAUCACUGUCUUCAAGGGCAACACGGUGCUCGACGCCCACGCUACCAAGGAUCUUUUGGUCUCUGACGCAGCUGGCAACCCUCUCCCAUUCAAGGGGAUGUACGUCAACUACAAGAAGGCGGGUCUCACUGCGGAUCUUUUCCAGACUCUUCAGCCGGGAGAGACAGUCACUGCCUCUGUCAACGCUGCCAAGACGUAUGAUCUUGAGGGCGUGGAUUCCGCUCAAGUGACUGCCAUUCAGGGGUUCCGCUAUGUUGUCGGAACCGAGGCGCCUACCAAAGUCAGCGACCUCACGUCUUGUGAUGAUGUUAUGUCCAAGGAGGCCACCAUCGUCCCCGACCAGAGCACCGCCGCCUCUGACGCGAUUGUCAAGCGCGAGGACCAAUUCAACUCUCGCAUCAAGAAGCGUGCGAUCACCUACAGCGGCUGCACGACGUCCGAAGAGAGCACGCUGAAGACCAGCUUCUCGGACGCGGUCAGUAUGUCCACCAAGGCCAAAACUGCGGCGGCCAGCUCUGCCGACUACUACACCACGUGGUUCAAGAGCACCUCGGUCGCCUCCACCGUCGAGAAGAUCUACGGCGAUGUCGCCGGCGUGCAGACCACCGCCCCGACGGUCAGCUGCACGGACACCUCAAACGACUGCUCGUCGGACGUGAUUGCGUACACCCUCCCCAGCGCCAACCGCAUCGUUCCCUGCGAUGCUUUCUGGGACCUCGACAUUCAGCUUGCCACGCAGUGCUCAGGCGAUGACUACGACUGGGCUGGCAGCAUGUUGCACGAGAGCACCCAUUUGUUCGGCACCGAUGACUAUGCUUAUGGCCCGACGGCUGCCCAGGCGUUGUCUGCUGCCAAGGCUUCGGAGAAUGCUGACACCUAUGAGAUGUAUGCGGAGAGCGUCAGACUUGGUGGCUGCACCACUGGUUAA